GUGAGCCCACCCGGCCACCCGUUUCGGCUAAUCCCCCGCUCGCCUUCUCCCAUCGCCAUGGCUGCCGCUUCCUGGUCCGCGCCCACCACCUCCUUCGCGCCGGCGCCGGCGCCGCCAUGGGGGCGGUGGAGGACCAAGGCGGCGCCUUUACCCAUCAGGACGCUUCCCCGCCGAGUGCUUCUCAACGCAGUUGGCGAAUCCGCCAUGGUUGCUGCUGGUGACACAUUGCUUGGUUUGUAUGAGAAAGAGCGGUUAGGCCUGUUGCAGUAUGCCGACGACGAGUCUAAAGAAGAGAGGUACUGGGAAACCUUGGAUGCUGAUUUGCGUUACUGGACCAGAUCCCUGCGCCCAGUGCAGUGGUAUCCUGGUCAUAUUGCAAAAACAGAGAAAGAAUUGAAGGAACAAUUGAGGCUCAUGGAUGUCGUCAUAGAGAUCCGUGAUGCUAGGAUUCCCUUGUCCACCAGCCAUCCUAAGAUGGACUCAUGGCUAGGCAACCGGAAAAGGAUCAUAGUCUUGAAUCGCAAGGACAUGAUCUCAACUGAGGAUAUGAAUGCAUGGGCUACUUACUUUGGUAAUCAGGGCAUCAAAGUUGUUUUCUCCAAUGGCCAGCUGGGUAUGGGUACAAUGAAAUUAGGUAGGAUGGCGAAAUCAGUAGCAUCUGUUGCGAACACAAAGAGAAAGGAGAAGGGAUUGCUUCCUCGUCCGGUUCGAGCUGGAAUAGUUGGAUAUCCAAAUGUUGGCAAAUCUUCCUUGAUUAAUCGCUUGCUAAAACGAAGAAUGUGCCCAGCAGCACCUAGGCCAGGUGUCACAAGAGAGCUGAAGUGGGUUCGUUUUGGAACAGACCUAGAGUUGUUAGAUUCACCUGGAAUUUUACCUAUGCGAAUUAGUGACCAGACAUCUGCAAUCAAGCUCGCUAUAUGUGAUGAUAUUGGAGAAAGGUCAUACGAUUUUGCUGAUGUGGCGGCGAUUCUUGUGCAGAUGUUGAUAAGACAUCCUGCAGUAGGUUCUGAAGCAUUUCGAAGACGAUAUAAGAUUGAUGUAGAUAGUGAGUGCGGUAAAACGUUUGUCACAAAGCUCUCUGUUCACUUGUUCAAUGGAGACACAAGCCAGGCAGCUUUCCGCAUAUUGUCUGACUACAGGAAAGGCAAAUUUGGAUGGGUAGCGCUGGAGAGACCUCCAACAUGAACAAGCGGGAUAUCAUAGAUCCUUAGAUAAAAGACAUGUGCUUGUUCAUGUAGUAUCACACAAUUUAGUGUCGUUCAUUGGACCACUCUCGACAGUUUUCACUGGACCUGCACAUAUACGAGGAAUUAAUUCAGAAUAGCUGUCCAUCUGAUGAUCUAAAGACAAAACUUAAGAAAUGCUCCUGCUGUUAUCAGACAGUCCAGAGCAAACGAGCUGAUUUGUAUGAUCUAUUGAAUGAGCUCAACUAUGUUUCUAUGUAACGGAAUUAGGUUUGAGAAAUGAAAGAUUGUAUGUCUCCUAAUUUAGUUGCUC